GUGUUAGAAGUUUAUUGUAUAUUAGUAAAGCGGUCGAUACACCGCAGUGCUGCUUCACGCGCGACGUCAAACGGACGGUUCUGUAUUUUCGUUUAUCAAACCUAUUCCGAGCGACUUAAAGGGUUUCACGGGUGUUAUUGAAAAUGAGUUACAUAGAAAAAGUCGACAGUUACCUGGAUUCCUUGAAAGUUGGAAAAAGUGCCAUGGUAGAUUCUUGGUUCAUGAUGUCGAGCCCGAUGCCGAUACUGUCAGUAGUAGCAGUCUACCUCAUCCUGAUCAGGAUUGGACCGAGGAUCAUGAAAAAUCGACAGCCGCUCCAAAUGAACAAGUUCAUGGCCUAUUACAAUGCUUCUCAAGUUCUUCUGGCAGCCAUGAUAUGUUUUAAGGUCUUCAAUCUGAAUCUGUUUAGAGAUGGAAUUGUGUAUGCAGGCUGCAGAUAUCCAUCGAAUACACAAAAUUCAAUGUUACUUGACUUAGGCUGGUGGUACUUCUUUGCAAAGUUCACUGAACUUCUCGACACUGUAUUUUUUGUGCUACGAAAGAAAAAUAAGCAGAUCACGUUUUUACACGUCUAUCAUCACGUGAUCAUGGCCCUUUAUUCCUGGAGCUAUUUAAAGUUUGCAGCUGGCGGCGAGGGUGCAGUACUGGCCCUGCUGAACUCUGUAGUGCACGUCAUCAUGUACACUUACUACCUGCUGUCCGGUCUCGGACCACGUUUCCAGAAGUAUCUGUGGUGGAAGAAAUACGUGACCAAGAUGCAACUUAUACAAUUCGUGUUGAUGUUGGCAUAUUGCGCUUUCACACAUUUCUCGCCGCGAUGCCAAUACGCCGCAGGAUUUACGUACUUCAUAUGCACUAAUAUAACAAUAUUCUUGUUUCUGUUUCUCAAUUUCUAUUCGAAGAGUUACAAAGGAAACGAGAAGGAGCUAAAAGAAAAACAGAACCUUGAUGGAACGAAAGCUGACGGUUGCAAUAAUGGUUAUUCUGUAAAUGGUGCUUGUGGGAAUGCCUGUAAAUUUGCUAGUUUAGAAGAUGUACCGCACAAUGUUACUGUCCCGUGUGGUGAUUUCACGAAGAACGGAAAAGUCUUCCUCAGUAGACGUACUGCAAAAGCUGCCUUCGGAGACAAACUUGAUUACGAUAGUAUUAUUAAGAAAUGAAUAAGUUCCUAAUUCAAAGAGUCAUUGAGACUGAUGCUGUGAUGUGAGGGGACGUAAUAGUUGAUGUGAAUUUUAUUAAUGUAAAUGAAUGAUAUAAUUUUAAAGAAAUUAUUAAGAAAUCUUUUGAAAACGACGAAAUGACAAUUAGAUUAAACUAGAAUAUACCCAGUGAACGAGAUUCGAUCGUAAUCAUUGACACUCCAGGACUUAGGUUCGCUAAGUUUAUUACAUUUUUCUGUUUUGCUUUGAUGUUGACAGUUAAAAAUAACUUUUUUCUUUUUUAAAUAUGAGCACUAACAAAAUAAACUACUAAUAAAAAAUAUUGAAAAUGGUACUUAUACAUCAUACAUAGUCAAAAGCAUAACAGUUCAGUACCAUAAUACAUAUUAUUAUAUGUAUAUUCGGUAUGUUUUGAUCGUUCGAAAGAUUUCUUCUUACGAAUAUUCUAAUUAUAAGUAUAUGAUUUAUGUUUACGUCACGAUGUUUUAAUGUAAGAACGCUAUAUACAUAUAUUAAUUGAAUAAAUUGAGGAAAAUCAGAUCAGUGAUAAAAAUUGGCUUAACCAAUUGCGUUGAAAAGCCAACCGCACAACAAAAGGGGGUUACUCAAAUGAGCUUACUUUCAAUGCAUAAUUUUCAAUGCACGAUUUUUAAUAGGGAAUACACUUAUAGGUAAAAACUGACAAAACAUAAACCGAACCAAGCUAUCAUUUUGUUUUCAAUUCAGUGAGCUUUAGUAGUGUAGUGUUAUGGUUUAUUCACACACUUCUCACAUUAAAAUUGCAGGUAUUUUUUUAGUAAUUUAGUGUUUUUAAAUAGAAACGGUAUACUCUUAAGCUACACAUAGAAGUUAUUCUACUGCAAUUUAACCAAGAAAUUAAACAUUUGGACGUGAUUAAGCAAAAAGGUGCAAUAAAUAAUCAUUACGUUUGUAAAAAAAUAUUUAGUAUUUUGAACUGGUUCAGAACUAAUUUUCGUAAUGGUACGACACAGUAUAGUUUGAUUUUUCAAUGCAGGACCUACAAGGAUUUAUCAGCCAGAGCAUAAGUAUGUAAUCCAAACUAAAUUGUAACAUUACGGGCUAUCAAUAUAUUAUAAAGAUGAUUAAAAUAAUUAAUAAUUGUGGAACGCGAACGUAGAAUACUUAAAAACCAAAUAUGAUCGAACCGUGAACUAGGUAGUAAACGUAGGAUAUGUUAGAAUUAUUGGUACCGUCGUGCUAAGUCGUCGCGGCCUAAAGGAUAAGACGUCCGGUGCAUUCGUGUGUAGCGAUGCAACGGUGUUCGAAUCCCGCAGGCGGGUACAAAUUUUUCUAAUGAAAUACGUACUUAACAAAUGUUCACGAUUGACUUCCGCGGUGAAGGAAUAACAUCGUGUAAUAAAAAUCAAACCCGUAAAUUAUAAUUUGCGUAAUCACUGGUGGUAGGACCUCUUGUGAGUCCGCACGGGUAGGUACCACUACCCCGCCUAUUUCUGCCGCGAAGCAGUAAUGCAUUUCGGUUUGAAGGGAAGGCAGUCGUUGUAACUAUACUGAGACCUUAAAACUCAUAUCUCUAUCUCCAGUAACCACUUAACACCAGAUGUCCUGUGAGCUCGUCCACUCAUCUAAGCAAUAAAAAAAAACUGACGUGAUCUGAACACGCAACCUUCCGAUUGAUUACAAUCUCUAAACAAAGACCGGACGUGAGUUUUGAAGGUUCGGCAAAGAGUAAAUCAUCCACCGAGCGAGUAUUUAAAUCCUCUAUAGAUCGACAAUCCAAAUAUUAGUAUUCCGUACUGGUUGGUAUUUAUGUAAGCAUAUCUUCUAAUAUCGUUAGCGCAAUUUAGGCAUUUGUCACAUAUCUUCUGUUCUAUAUGAUAACUACUGCUACAAUGUUAAGUAACUAUAGAAUGUACACUUUAAAAAUUAUUGAAUAUUUUUUUGAAUAAAUAUUUUUUGCUUGACGCUGCCGAUUUAAUAAACAGUUAAUUUCCGUCCAAAAUGUGCUGGAAAGAGAAAUUCUAUGGCCUAUGUAAAUUCGUAAUUUGUUUAUAAGGUUAAGAUAAAAUCUUUUGUCUAAUAAUAAAAAAUAAAAAAAUAAGUAGAGGCCGCUGUUUUUAACUUUAUGUUGUUAUAUUAAGAUGAUGUCACAUAUCUGUCGAGCGUACCAUUAAAAUUAAAAAUAACUAUAUAAAUUGU